UGAUUUCUUCCGCAAAUAAUGUCGGGUCAGGAACUGUGCCGGCUUUGUGCCGAGUCAAAAGAUAACUUCAUCGGGAUUUACGACUCCGAGGGACAAAAGCUGGCUAUUGAAGCUAAAAUUUCAAAGUGCUUGCGAAUCCAGGUUUUGAUAACAGACGGUUUACCAUUAUCGAUAUGCAUAGACUGCUGCCUUCUAUUGAAUCAAUGUAGCGAUUUUUACGAAAAAACAAAUCAAGCACAAACAUCUCUUCGCCGAUUGCUUAUUAUCAACCCAAAAGUUGAGCCUCAUUCUGUCGAAUCGAAUCUCGAGUGCAUCGAUAAAGCAGUGGCAUUCCCGAAAGUCGAAAAUUCCCAAGUCGAAGGAAUUGUCGAUUGUAAUUUGUCGAAUCCUAAUUAUAUUAGUAAUACAGUCACAGUUGAUGAUAACAACGUCGAUAUUAGUAACUCCGUUGACAUUACCACAAGUGUUGAAAUCUCCGACACAGUUGAAAUUAGCGAUACUUUAUUUACCGAUGAAAGUACAGAUGUUAAAUGUAUGCGGUAUUCUGCAAUUGAAGAAAUUCAAGAAGAGGGAAAGAAUAAGAAAUGCAAGACUGCGGUGAAAAAGAAUCCGCCUAAGCAGCCGAAAAAAAAGGUCAGAAAGAGGAGUCAAACACAAAAGAUGGAGGACCUUGAGUUAGGAUUGACCUCGGACUUAGAUGAAGAGCUGAAUGAACUCGAUGCGAAGUUGAAUGCUAAAAUUCCAGAUAAUUAUAUGACAGGUACGGAAUCUGAUAUGGAAAUGAUAGAAGCUCGAGCUGCAGAACCACAUAAACCUGGUCGACAAAGGGGGGAAGGAUUAGAUAGGUAUCCAUGGUUGUGCACGGAUUGCAAUGACAAGUUGCCGAGCUUAGAAGCAUUGCAGACUCAUCACGAAGUGAUACAUAAUCAGCAGGCGAAGUACAUGUGUGUUCAAUGCUGUAAAGUUUAUGACAAGUAUUAUGGAUUUAUAACCCAUGUUAAGAGGCACAGAACUAAAUCUAAAUUUAAAUGCGAGGAUUGUGGUAAAUCAUUUGUUCAUAAAAAAGUAUUAGAUUCUCACAAAGCAAUUCACAGUCAAGAACGUCCGCAUGUGUGUCAAACUUGUGGAAAAUCUUUUAGGCAGCAAAGUGCGUUGUACAUUCACAGCCGGUGCCAUUUGCCAGAAAACAUGAAAAAUCGAUUUCAGUGUGAUCAGUGCGACAAGAGAUUUUCCACUAAACCGAAUUUGGUAACGCAUAAACGGAUCCAUUCAGGCGUAAGAAACUUCACUUGUGAUCAGUGUGGUAAAAGUUUCAUACAAAAGGGAAAUUUGGAAGCGCAUUUUUUGACGCAUUCUGUUGAUAAACCUUACAAUUGUAGCCAGUGUCCCAAAGCUUUCAAGACCCCUCUACAGUUAAAAAAGCAUGAGACUGUUCAUACUGGUGCGAAACCUCAUCAAUGUGCUGUUUGUGGAAGAACUUUUCGAGAAAAAGGAACACUGCGAGAACAUCAUCGAAUACACACAGGGGCAAUGCCUUUUACGUGCGAAUUUUGUGGAAAAUGUUUCCGUUUCAAAGGAAUUUUAACGACGCACAGGCGUCAGCACACUGGUGAAAGGCCUUAUAGCUGCUUGGAAUGUCAACAUCAUUUUACUAAUUGGCCAAAUUACAAUAAGCACAUGAAACGCAGACAUGGUAUUAACACGUCGCACACAAAGCAUCUUCAGCAACCUUUGCAGCAGCAACAACAACAGCAAGAACAGCAACAACAAGUCCAACAAACUCAAGUUUCUGUUGAGGAAGAAAUUCUUCCCACGACGCAUGCAAAUGCUUCGACUGUUCAAGUAAUACAGACUGUACCCCAUUCCUCGAUCUCACAACCAAUAAUUGUUCAGGCCAUACCCACAACAAUUCAGAGCUUCCAACCGGAAGUUUCUGGUCUCGUUCAAGAAACAGUGUUUCGUGAGCGAAACACGGCAUAUUUUAAUGGCGUGCCUGCGGCGUUGCAAACUUUUCUCACUCCCAAUAUACCGUAUAAUUUUUACAAUAUUUCGAGCGUCACUGAAAAUGAUUUGAUUCAACACAGGUAAAAAAGGCCGAGCGACAAGUGAAAGGAACAGGUGUCUAUAGGUAUAAGGUAUCCGAUGAGGCCGUAUUUAAUACGUCAUUUAUUUUGUUCCAUCUUCAAAAAAUCCGAAGCUCUCUCGAAAACAUAAAAAAAAAAGAUUUGCACAUUUAUUUUUCACUGUUUAUCCACUUUACAAUGGGCGAGUUUUUCCGCUCACUGCGAAGAUUUAAAUUUAAUAAAUCAAAAAUAGUUUUUUAAUAUACAAAUUAUUAAUAAAAAUUUAUAGUUUAUUCGUCAAAUAGAGUCAAAGUGUGAGUUAUUCAGUUUUAUUAGAAAAUAUUUAAUAC